UGUGGAGAAUUAACACUUGAUCUAAUUGAAUCUAAUAUCCUUUCAAGGCUACCUAUUAAAGAUCUAUUUCGUUACCAAUGUGUUUGUAAGCGUUGGCGUGACGAGAUCAAAAACCCUAAAUUUAUCAAGUCUCACACAUUCCAUGUCGUCAAUAACCACACAAAUUCAAGAGGUUCCGUUAUCUUAUUUAGUCGUUCCUCGGCUAAAUUAUACUCCCUUGAUUUCCAUUCUCCGGAAAACGUCAAGAAGGUAAUUCGAUUAUCUCACUCUUUUGACUAUGAUACUCGACUUGUUGGUUCGUGUAAUGGCUUGCUUUGUUUCAAGUUAACAGGAUGGUUUUUGAUUUACAACCCGGCCAUCCAGGCGUGUAAGACUGUUUGUGUGUCGCCCUUCGGUACUAAAUAUAGGAUGGGAUUUGGUUACGAUUGCACGAGUGACGAUUAUAAGAUUUUACAAACUGAAACAGUCAAUACUGCGCGUUGUGAUGGUCACCCGAAACAGGUUGAAUCUCAUGUUUAUAGCUUGAGGAACAAUUCAUGGAAAGUCGUCCAAAAACCUUUGAUGGUUUCUUUGUCGACUUAUUCAAACCGUAUGAUUCUCUCUAAUAAUGUGUUGCAUUGGAUAGAUUUAGAUUAUAAGCCUCGUAACAAUAUGACGACUGGUUUUAUAAUGUCAAAAAUCAUAACAUGUUUUGACCUAGGAACGGAAGAAUAUCAUAAAUUACCGCUCCCUAAUGAUGAUAAUGAUGACGGGGUUAUUAUAUCAGAGCUGGCUGAUUCAAAGGGUUACUUGCAUUUGGUAAAAUAUAGUAUGAUUCGGUCAUCUUUACAUAAAAUGGAGAUAUGGAUCAUGAAAGAGUAUGGUGUGGAACAAACAUGGUCUAAAUUGGUCAGCAUCAAACUCGACGACAUUAUUGCUGAUAUAGUUAGACGCCAAGUCCGCAAACCUUUUUUACCGUUGCUUCUUGCAUAUUCAGAGGACGGACAAGAAAUCCUAGUGGAUUUAGGGCAAUAUUCCGAAGAUGGUAUGAUUUUUGUUCAAUGUGAUAUGCGUAGUGGAGGUUUUAAGAGGCUUGAAAUACAAGUAUGUGAUUUGGCUGCUGAUUUCAGGGAUGGAUAUGUAGUGAUGCCAUGGGUUGGUUCCUUUGUUUCCCCCUCUAUGUGAAUCGAAGUAAUUGGUUAUAUACCCCCGCAUCCUAUUACAGGAAUGGGGGGAUGAGGAAUUGAACCCCAUUACUUUGGGGGGGGGGGGGGCGAUGGAGGGACUAACCAUCCCUCCAUCCCGUAGAUUCACUAAAUCGGGUUCUAGUACCUACCUCUGUUUAUGUGGUAAUUUGGUUAUUAAGUCUUGUUUCUAGAUUUUGUCAUAGUUUCAAAUGAAUUCAUACAGGUUUUAAUUUGAUUAGCACGAUUCGGUGGGAAGCCGAUCAAGCAAGUAUUCUGUGAGAGUUCGUUUAAACUGUUAAAAUGAAUGAAUCCUUUUUAUGUAAUGUUUUCCUCUCCUACAUACUUCGUAGUUCUCUGUUUAGAUUAAUUGAUCAAGAAAUUUAAUUACUGAUAUUGUUCCUAUCAUUACUCAUUGCUCUUCAUUUCAUUGUAAUGCAAUAAGUGAUUUUAUGUUUAU